CAUUAAAAAACUUCCGAAGAAGCUCAUGGCCAUAUAAUGUGAAGAAGUGAUCCCUCGCAACUUGACAUUCUUCUGCCCACAACGUCACACCCUGAAGUUCCGACUAACAGAUCCGACUAGUUUGCUUUCUUCCUCGCUUGUCCUCUGAGGUGCACCGUCUGCAAAUCAUUAUAAGCAUCCCAAUGGCUUAGGACACCGCGUCUAAUUAACAGUUAGCGCUUCAGAAAUUCUCUCUAUGGCCCCUAUUUUACUCUGUUUCCUUCAUGAUGGCCACCAAAGCCUUCGACGACAGCAGGUCCGGCGUCUCCAACUUACCUCCCCCUUACGAUCCAAUCUCUACUUCUGUAUCAGCAGAUUCCGUCCAGUGCAAACGUUCGUUAUUUUCCUUCCCACAAUCUAAGCAAAAACGUUGUGCCCCAGUUCUAUCUCGCAUCCAUGAAAUUGUCUCUCCUGAUUUUACCCUUUCCCCUGUCGGGCCAAUUAUCAACUCCUGCGCUGCUGCUCUCCAAGCACCAGAGUUCUCCAAUCUCCUCCAAAAACCCAAUAUCAAGGAUCACACGGCGCUGUAUUGGGCGAUUGUAAACAACCGGCGAGAAGCCCUUUGGGAGUUUACUAAAUUCAUUUCUAAAUUCUCGCCUGCUUUCUCUUCCGACUUGCGGCUUGCGUGCAUGAUAGUCAACGACCACGAUUUGUUUAUGCAGCUGAAAUUGGGGGACAAUGUUGAUCCCGAGGAUAAGUCUUUGAGAUGCAUGUUGGGUUGUCCGCGAGAUGAGAUUGAUGUGCUACAGCAUGGAUCCAGCGAGGUGAAUCAUUCACCCGAAGAUAUUCUUGUCCAUGAAGGGGAUAGUGUAGGCAAAAACUACUUCUUUGCUCGUUUCGUCUUCAGGAUGUUCCAGAAACGCUUGCGUAUCAGACAGAAAUUGGCAGUAGAGUUUGUUGCCCGGGGGCGUAUAUGGGUAUUGCGCAUCUAUAUGGGGCCGAAAGGGAAGUGGUGGCUUGAGUAUGGUCUUUCUGACCAUAGCUUGCCAGUACCACAACCAAACGCCAAACUUGCAAUCCGGGCUCACAGCAGGCCUCCUUACUCGAGCAGUGUGAUCCAGAAACCUCUGAUUAUAAAUAUACAACAUCCACAGGACACGCUUGUACCUGAGGGGUAG